AUGUUUUCCGCGUUAAACACGCUUUCAUGUCUAAUUAAGUGUCCAAUUAGACAACUUGCGUACUCAAAUGCAAACGCCCUAUUCAUUAAGCGCGGUCGAUAUUUUGCUACUGGUGUCAUUGAUUCACUCCCUGAAAUGAAUAAAAAUGAUGGAAAUUCAGACAACCAAGAUCAGAAGAGUGGCCCAUGGUCUGGAAAAAAUGCUUGGAAAUUGGGAGCUUUGAGUUUAGGAGCGUCAAUGGCUUUUGCUAUUGGCUUCGGUAUUGCUCAAUGGGGACCACCCGGAAAGGAUGAAAAUGGGAUAGAGAUUAUGGAUGAAUUUUCACGUCUUCCUACCUGGAAGGGUUAUACACUCCGUGCAUGGCAAGCUAUGUGGGACUUUAACCAGAGUAUUCGAGACCCAAUAAGUGAAAAACUCCUUCCUGAUCCUGCUGAACCGCCUUAUUAUCAACCUCCCUACACUCUCGUAUUUGAAAUCAAUGAUGUUCUCGUUCACCCAGAUUGGAAGUUCAGAACAGGUUGGCGAUUCAAGAAACGGCCGGCUUUGGAGCUGUUCCUACAGCAGCUUUCUCCCUUCUAUGAAGUGGUCGCUUUCACUCAGGAUUCUGCAAUGACGGGUAUGCCUGUGAUGGCCCAAAUCGACCCUAAGGGCCAAUAUAUCCACUACCGUCUUUUCCGAGAAUCGACUCGCUAUCGCAAAGGCAAGCACAUCAAGGAUCUCUCCUGCUUGAAUCGAGAUCUCUCUCGCGUUAUUCUCAUCGACUGGAAUCCCGACGCGGCCUCCUUGCAGUCUCGAAACGCCUUCAUCAUCAAACGUUGGAAAGGCGAAGACUCGGAUCGAGAACUUAUCGACUUAGCUGCUUUCCUUCGUAUGAUCGCAAUGAGUGGUGUUGAAGAUGUUCGUCCGGUGCUUGAUCAUUAUCAUCAGUUUGACGAUCCUUUGGCUGCUUUCAAAGAGAAGCAUGAACAGCUCAUGGAGGCUCAGGCAAAGAAGAAGGAAGAGAUGGAGAAGUUGUCGGCCCAAAAGAAAAAGUCUGGAUUUGGAUUUGAAAUGCCAUCGUUUGGUGGAUUUCGUCGAUAA